GUGGUCAUUUUGAAACCUUGUUUUGGGGUUUAUGUUUUGUGUUUUGAGGAUGUUGGGGCUUUUGGGAAUGUGAAGUCUUAGAAAUGUAAAUCAGAGCUAGGGUGUGGAGCAAGUAAAAUUGUAGGAAUCAUGGUGGUGUGACAUGAUUUGCCAAUAACUUUGUUCCUUGAGCAUGUGAUCACGAACAGUGUUAAGAAAUGUUCAUCUCUUAAAUGGAUCUCAAUACUUCAAAAGAUUAAUCCUUACCUUUUUACUCAAGGAUAACCAUGUGUUCAAUCCUACCCCAAAAAGUAAAAGUGUGGGAAGAGGAAUAGGAAUGGCAAAAUAAAGGCUAAAAUAAAUUGAUGGCUUUGUUUACAUUUAAAAAAGCAAGAAUUAUGGUGUAAUUGAUGUUGUUAUGAAUGUAGUGGUAGAAAAGUAAAGGUGUGAUUUAGAUCUAUUUUUUACUAUAUAUAUAUGAGUAUAUGACAUAUUUCCUAGUCUGCUUGAGUGUGGGCUUGUUAUCUUAUUUAAAAUUUUUGCAUGUAAGUAUGAGUAGCCUACAAACUUGGUCAUCAAUCAUUAAGCUAAUUUUUGGCUCAUCAACCUUUGAGCUUGACCCCUUUUCAGAAACCUUUGAGAAUCAUGAACCUUUUGGUUGUCACUUUUCUUCCAACUUCCUCCUCUUGCUCCUGACAUCUUUUUAACUGUCCCAACCUCAUUGAAUGCGACCUAUAUUUUUCUGCAUCGGAGGUUUUCUGUUGUUUAACAUUGAAAGUGUCUGAAUUCUCCCAGUGGAUGUGCUGCAGAAGAGGAAAAUAUUGUUGAAACUGUGAAAACCUGACCUUGUGAGAAAAAAGCAUAGAAUAAUCAGAGUUGCAAGAGUCACAAUGAGUCUGGCAUGUCUUGUGUGCCAUAGUGUGGAUAGUCCAUCACCAUCACACUCUUUCAGGAGCUACUCUGUUUCAAGUGCAGAAAAUGAAGGAAGAUGCCAUGCUGUUGCAACCUGCUUAACCAGGAAACUGUCUCUUCCACCCUCUGCAGUACACUCUUUUCUUGCACCAACAUCAUCUUCCAAAGUCACACCACAACCUGCUGGUUCAAGCAACAACUUGAUACCUGGCGGCACGCCGAGGCUUGUCAGAAGCCGUGCAGUGACAAGGGACCGAGUAAGAAAUUGGAAUUUUGAUGAAAUUGUAAUGCAGUCCUAGUCAAAACUAUAAUAUAGAAUAAGACUAGGGAAUUUUCUGGUGGGAUAGUUUAUAGCAUGGUAUUGCUAUUUUGCCCCUUUAAAUUUUGUUAUGGGUGCAAUUUAUCUCUUUCUCUAGUUUUCUUGUAAAAGAGUCCAAACAUUUCUAGCCAUGAAAAUAUUCUACUGCGUGAUUCUACUUCA